UUUAUGUUUUAUAUCCAUUUAGAGCCUGAGCCUGAGCCUCCAACUCAAGUCCCUGUGGUGGAGGUGGUUUCUGAUGCAGAACCUGAAGGAGACAAGCCAUUAACUCCCAGGGUGAUGGAGUGGAUAAAGCAUGGUUUGGAGAAGGUUGUUCCACAGCCAGGACACUCUCCAUCUAUUACAGACACUUCAGAUAAAAAAGAACCUGCUCCUAAUACUGCACCUCCAAAGGCACCUGAUCUAUCAGCAGCUGAGGACGCAACCAAGGGAACAAAUGUGGAGGAGGAAUCCAACGUGGUUAGCUGGAUUGCGCAGGGACUCGGUCGCAUUAUGCCACAGCCUGUUCUGAAGCCAAAAGAGGACACUUUGGAUACAGUUCAGAGCAUUUGCAUCCUGCAGGAAGACUUUGUGCAGGAGGACAACCUGGUGCUGGAGGAGAAACUGGUGCUGGAGGAGAACCUGGUGCUAGAGGAGGUGGACUCAGACUGGGAGCAGCAGCAGGUCGAGCAGGCUUGUUUGCUCAAUGCCAAGCUGGAGAAACAGGCUGAAGUUCAUAUGGAGGAUCAGAUUUGCCCCCUGCAGGAUGUCCUAAACAACACCAUACCUGAUAUCUUCAUCACACAGCAGGAGGAUGCUGAGACACAAACAGAGCGCUGGACUCCUCUAAUAGAGAACAUUAGACGUGAGGCUGAGGAAGCUGCCUUGGUCUCCAUACAAGAGAGGCUGGAGCGUGAGCGUCUGGAGGCGGCGAGGAUAGCGGAGGAGUUGGCACGCCAGGCUGCUGAAUUGGCAGUAAGACAGCUGGAGGAGGAACACACUGUAAUCAGAGUCACAGAGUCAGAACGUGUGUCUGAACCAGACAGUGGAGAGCAACUUUCCAACAUCCAGGAGGAAGAGAAUGAAGAUGACCCAGAGUGUCUUGUGGAUGUGUGCCCUGUUGAGGAGCUUAAAACAUAUAAAACUGAGAUUACAGCGCAGAUCACACAAAAAGAGGAGUCACCUGAGUCACCUCCUCCAAAGGAAUUCACUCCUGCAAGUCAACCUGAGAUAGAACACACCCCACCACGAGAGCCAGCUGUCGAACCAGAACCUGAUGGAGAAGAUCAUGCUAUAGCAAAGACCCCUUCACCUGUAGUGUCUCCAGUCAUAACCACUCAGCCAGAAACAGCUACUUCGGGUCCCUCUACUCCAGCUGUUGUACAGGAAGAUGAGGCAUUUCAAGAGGAAUGUGGAGAAUGUCCUCAUGUGAGUGUAGAGGAAGUUGAUGAUGGAUCCAUUCCUAUCGUACCUCAAAUUGUUGAACCCCAGGAGUCGGACGGUGUCAGCCUCACUGUUCCCGUUCCUGUGAUGGCCACCCAGAGCAAAGCAGUGCUCAUUGAGAGGGCUUUCCAGCCAGACGAACAGGUUGAAGAGGAAGAAAAGGAGAAAGAGGAAGAUCUGACCCCCCGGCAUGGCCUUCUCACUGUGGAGGAAGAUGGUUCUGAGCGUCCUCUCUCUUCGGCCAGUCAGACAAGUGUUGUGGUUAACGAACGUCUGCAGGAGCUGAUCAAGCUGUUUAAGGAACGAACAGAACGUACUAAAGAGAGGCUGAUUGACCCAGAUGAGUCUGAAGAAGAGAGCCCCUCAGCAACACCUACCAAAAAGGCCGCCGCGCCUCCACCUCCUCCACCUCCUCCACCUCCUCCCCCUGAGGAGAAGAAAGAUGUUCCUGCUGAUGACGAGAGUGACGAGGAGCAGUUCCUGGAGUUCAUGGGCUACCAAGUCAAAGUGCCCAAGGUACCCCCCAUGCCAGACUGGCUGAGAGCCAUCGUGGAGUAUCGUUUCCCUUCCAGCAUCGAUCCUUUCACUGAUAUGAUCUAUGUAGUGUGGCUGUUUUUUGUGAUGUGUGCUUGGAACUAUAACGUGUGGCUGAUCCCGGUGCGCUGGGCGUUCCCGUAUCAAACUCCAGAGAACAUCCACCUGUGGCUGCUAGCUGACUAUUUAUGUGACACCAUCUACAUCCUGGACAUUGUGGUCUUUCAGCCCAGGCUACAGUUCGUCCGUGGGGGAGAUAUAGUGUGUGAUAAAAAAGAUAUGAGAGAAAAUUACAUGAAAACAGAACGAUUUAAGAGUAGCCAUGGCAUUUCCACACAACUAGCUUUGCCUGUCCAGGGCUUGACUGAUAUCUGGAUGUUUCAGAUGGACAUGAUCAGUCUGUUGCCCCUGGAUGUUCUGUACUAUUUCACAGGCGUUAAAUCCAUUCUGCGCUUCCCGCGCAUUUUAAAGUACAUGGCAUUCUUUGAAUUUAACGAUCGUCUGGAGGCAGUGAUGAAAAAAGCCUACAUUUACAGAGUGAUCCGGACCAGCGCGUACUUGCUCUAUUCACUGCAUUGCAACGCCUGUCUGUUCUACUGGGGCUCUGACUAUGAAGGCCUUGGCUCCACUAAAUGGGUCUAUGAUGGCAGAGGCAACAGUUAUAUCCGUUGCUACUACUUUGCUGUAAAAACUCUGAUCACUAUCGGAGGUCUCCCAGAUCCCACGACGGUCUUUGAAAUCGUCUUUCAGUUAGUCAAUUACUUUGUGGGUGUGUUCGCUUUCUCGAUUAUGAUUGGUCAGAUGAGAGAUGUUGUAGGAGCAGCUACUGCAGGUCCGGCGUACUACAGGUCAUGUGUGGACAGCACGGUAAAUUACAUGACCGCCUAUAGAAUACCACGUGAGGUUCAGAACAGAGUCAAGACCUGGUAUGACUAUACCUGGCAAUCACAAGGCAUGUUGGAUGAACAGGAGUUGCUCAUACAGCUGCCUGAUAAGAUGCGUCUGGACAUUGCAGUGGAUGUGAACUACACCAUUGUCAGCAAAGUGGCCCUCUUCCAAGGUUGUGACAGACAGAUGAUAUUUGACAUGUUGAAGAGACUGAAGUCUGUGGUCUACCUCCCAGGAGACUACGUGUGUAAGAAGGGUGAGAUCGGCAGGGAGAUGUAUAUCAUCAAAGCUGGAGAGGUGCAGGUGGUUGGAGGCCCUGAUGGUAAAACUGUGUUUGUCACUUUGAGGGCCGGAUCUGUUUUCGGGGAAAUCAGCUUGCUGGCUGUAGGUGGAGGGAAUAGGCGCACAGCUAAUGUGGUAGCGCACGGCUUCGCUAACCUCUUCAUCCUGGAUAAAAAGGACCUCUCUGAGAUCCUGGUGCACUACCCAGAGUCCCAGAAAAUACUACGCAAGAAGGCCAAGAAGAUGCUAACGAAGGAUACAAAGCCAGAAGAGAAGGGUGUGGGUAAGGAAUCUGGUCAGGUGAUCCCAUUACGACCAGAGACUCCCAAACUGUUUAAGGCCGCCCUGGUGGUGGGCCAAGGAGAAACGUUUGCCAAACUGAAAGACACCUACAAAGACACUGGAGCCACACUACAGCCUUCCAGCAGCACAGCAGCACCCGUGCCCCCUCCCUCACCCAUUCACCGUCGAUCACCCAUGCAGCGCACAGUCACACAGGACGACGAUGAUGACCUGGUGACACAGACCACGGACAGCACGGUGAUCAUCCGCAUGAUCCCACGCCAACACGGAGAGGAGAUCCUCAGUGUUGAAAUGGCGGAGGAAGAAGAUGGAACAGCUGAGAAGACUGAUCAGGAGGAGAGGAAAGAAGAAUAGAAGUUGCGAGAAAGAAUGAGAAAUUAGGGCUUGAGGCUGAGAAAUAACCUGUUAUUAUUAUUAUUAUUAUUAUUAUUAUUAUUAUUAUUAUUAUUAUGCUUUUAGUAUUAUGGGCAACUAUUCUAACUGAAUCCAAACCAAAGGGGCGUUUGCUAUUUAAUUACGCUUAGUGAUGCUUUUCUGUUUUAAAGUCAUAGCUGACUUUAACAUUAGAUGAGCUUUAAAAGAAGGAGGUGUGCGUGUGUGAGUGAGUGUGUUAUGGAACCUGAUUUCUUUUUCCUAUAAAACACACUGCUCUGAUUUCAGGAAUGCUACCUUGCCUGCUUUUAAAUUGCCAUGCUGUCUUCCAUUAUAGUCCUAGCUAUAUGUAAGCAAAUACACUCACAAACACACAUUAAUAUGCACACAUUUUCUGGCCUUUACAGCAAAGCAACGUAGAUGUUAUAGUUUUUGCAUUACCUUCAUUGCACUAUGACAAUUUAAUUGUGCAUGUAUGGUAGAUACACUACUCCAGCAGAGACAGGAAGGUUAGUGUAUGUUAGCCUGGCACCAUUUUUAGUACUGCCUAUCAGAUAAAUCUUGAUUUCAGCAUGUACCUAUAGUACAGAAUACCCAAGCCGUCAGCCAAUCUAACAAUAAUGUAAAAAUCAACAGACAAGGGAUUUUCUCUGUGUGCAAGUUUUUCUCUGUGAGCUCCUGUAGCCCUUCUGCAUAAUACUACUACGUGAAUAUUAAAGUUUAAAUGUUGAGAUACAAAGGCAUUACAGCUUAAAAUGGUGAGGUAAAAAGCAAUCAUUACGGCACGCAUUAUCUUAAGAGGGUCUUUUAUUUUGGUGGCUAAUGCUGCAUUCGACUAAAACUCAUGACUUGUGAAUUUCUGACCUCCAUCUAGAAAAGACUAAAAAACAAAUGAUACUAGAAAUUCCUACCUGUAAACUUGAGACAGUUUCCUCAACCCUGAGUUCAGCAAGUGACAUCAAAUCAACAUGGCGGCUCACAGCAUCAACAGUAAAUAAAGUAGCACUUCUUUCAAUAAAUUAUGCAGUAUAAAAGCAGUAAGUGACUUCUGAGCUGUUGUCACUUUUAUCACAGGAGAAACAACAUAAUAGCUCUGUUAUAUAUGACACUGUUCAUUUGUAAAAACACCUAACUGAACGCUGUAAUUCCAGAUUUGGAAAAAAACCUAUUCAUACAUACCAACUGUACAGAGUUCUUCAAAUCUGGCCCUUGAGUUCCACUGUCCUACAGAGUUUAGCUCCAACUCUAAUCGAACACACCUGAACAAGCUAACCAUAGGUCUUCAGGAUUACUACAAAACUAUAGGCAGGUACGUUUGGAAGUUGAAGCUAAACUCUGCAGACUUGAAGAAUCCUGUGAUAGAUCAUGCUUCACUGUUGCCAAUAUCAAAUGUAGUAACAUUUUAGACCUAUUGUAUAUCAAUUGUAUGUCAAUCAUAAACAUAAUUACUGUAAAAUACUGUUCAUUUUUAUUAUUUGUUUUGCUUAUAUAUAGUAAAUCUGUUCAUUUCUGAAAAUGCAUGAAUAAAGCAGGCUUUUCCCCAGAUUUCUACGAGCCCUAGCUCUGUAAUCAGUGGAAUGUCAAAUUCAAAAUUGUUACAGCAGAAUGCUACUAUAGAGGACUUAUUUCUGUGAAAAUUUCAGGUUCGUAUCUGGUCCCCCACCAGAGAUAUUCAACCCAAAAAUGAGGGGAAUUUUUUUAAUGUACUUUCUAGCCCCUAUAAAAAAAAAUAAGAGAAGUCUAGAACCUGAAAUCUUCAUGCACACUAUACUCACCUAGGUACCUUCCAAACAAAAUUAAGACCGGGACUUGAACCCUUCCCAUUAUAAACUGGCACUAAAAGUGGAACUGUGAGCAAUUCUGAGCAUUACAUUUGGAUUUAAGGUCCAAGUAUAAGGAACAAGAAUGUGCAAAAUGUUUAUAUAUGUAUAGCUUUUACAGUUAUAGAUCAGUUUUUGUUCCAAGGAGCUGGGCCCAUCCUGAGCUGAGACUUUGAGGUUUCUGUAAACAGAUUUAUAACCAAUGUGUGCAGUUAGAGUAAACAAGCGUGUUGCGAUUGUGCUGGCUCUCACCUACUCUGUAGAAAAUUCUUUUUCUGUAUAAUAUGAGGUGAGGUUUUUUUUUUUUAGACAUUUUAUAUGUUAUGAACAGGAAAGGAAGUAUUAACACUGCCCCAUUAAACAGAGUUUAAUUUACUAGUAACAUUAACCCGCCAUAAACAACAUGGGUGUACUCUGAUUUUUGGAAGUUGCACUGAAAUUGAGCAAUUGCAGGAACGUUGUAUUUGCAAUAUAAACAUACUACAGCUGAAGACUUGUCCAUAUAAAAUAGCAAAUUUUCCGUAUGUGAUUUCUGUCACCAUAUUGUGUAUUUUGUCAAUGUAAAUUAUCUUUAUGUUUCUUCACUCACUAACCAUA